AUAAAAAAGUUGAAUGCCCCAAGUAAACGAUAUAUAUUUUCUACAUUUUCUACAUUUUCUUUUGCACCAUUGUAUGCCUCUUAGAAUCAUUACGCCGCGAUACUUACUUCUAUUAUAAUUGGCCACUUUUUAAUAAUCCGAGGAAUUUUCCAACCAUCAAAGUUUCCUCAUUCAUUGUUUGACAAGAUUGGUUGUUCGUCGCGUCUCCGAAUAUGGCUAUGACCGAAUCUUUCCCGCAGCUGGAGUCGACAGCAAAGCAGGAUAAAUUAACACCUCUCAAUGCGCAGGCUCGUAUUGAUAAACCAAAAAUACGACGUCGUUCUAGUGGGUUGGGUGGAGAGAUUAGAGCUGGAGACACCGGUGCGCCUGCUUUUGCAACUGUCGAUAUUAGACCGCCUUCAGCUGGGACAAUUAAGGUCAGUACUAUCCAUCUUCCCUCCGCAGACAAUUGCUUGUACUGAUGGAUAUGAUGUCAAUUAGGCCCAGGCAGAUAGGGAUCGAAAGAAACCAUUUUCGAAAAGGCGAAAAGCCAAGACACUUUUGCAGCAGUAUAAGAGAUAUGCAUUGAAGCACACUUGGGUUACACCUCUAGCAAUCGUCGCAGCCAUCCUCUCCUUUUACGCUGUCAACCCGACCAAAUCGAAUCCCCUACACUAUUUCAUUUUCCCUGCUUAUGAACUUCCUCUAGCGGAAGAUGCUGAACCAGGAGCACCAAUUCAAUAUGGCAAAGGACCGUGGGAUUUUGCUCUGGUUUCUUUCUACAUUGUGGUUUUAUCCUUCACUCGAGAAUUCAUCAUGCAGAAAUUCCUCCGACCAUUGGCUCGCAAGAGUGGACUGAAGAGUAGGGCAAAACAAUCGAGAUUUAUGGAACAAAUGUACACUGCUAUAUACUUUGGUAUUCUUGGUCCUUGUGGUUUAUACGUCAUGAGUCGAACACCAGUCUGGUAUUUCAACACACGCGGAAUGUAUGAGGGGUUCCCGCACAAAACACACGAGGGGAUUUUUAAGUUCUAUUAUUUGUUUCAAGCCGCAUACUGGGCGCAGCAAGCUCUAGUUUUAUGUUUGGGUUUGGAGAAACCUAGGAAGGAUUACAAAGAGUUGGUCGGACAUCAUAUUGUGUCUUUGUUCCUGAUUGGCUUGAGCUACCGUUUCCAUUUCACAUAUAUGGGAUUGGCAGUCUAUGUCACUCAUGAUAUCAGUGAUUUUUUCCUAGCUGUAUGUUCAUGGUUCUUUUACUCAAACACGUUUAACUCACACUAACAUUAUUUCAGACAUCCAAAACUCUCAACUACUUAGAUCACCCUCUUGUAGGACCAUACUUCGCAUUCUUCAUCGCCGCGUGGAUUUACCUACGACAUUACCUUAAUCUCAGAAUUCUCUAUUCGGAAUUUAACGAAUUUAAAACCGUUGGACCUUACGAAUUGAACUGGGAAACGGAACAAUACAAGUGUGAGCUCUCGCACGUCAUUUCCACCGCUCUCCUUGCAAGUUUGCAAGCUCUCAAUCUCUUCUGGCUAUUCUAUAUCUUACGUAUCGCAUAUCGAUUCGUCUUUAUGAGUAUAGUCGAGGAUGAUCGAAGUGAUAAUGAUGAGAAUGAGUUGGCGGAGGAACGGAGAUUAGAUGAAUUGGCCAGACAAGGGGUGGAUGCUGUGGCUGCUAAGGCGGCUUUGUCGGAAGACGCAGUGCCAAAGAUUAAAUUGAAUGGAAAUUCGAUUAAGGGGAGGAGUUCGGGGGCGGAAUUGAAAACGGAUGCCGUUACGAAUAGAAAGGAAAAUAUCAAGUAGACUCUUAGGUUGAGUCCUGAUGCUUUUCCUAGACUUCGAGGCCCGACGAUGGGGGGAAAUACGUUGGAAGGGGUCAGAAGCUGUGGGUUAUGAGUAUCCACAGGGUCUUAUCCUAAAUGAGAUGGAGUUGAGGAUAAAGAUUCUGAUGAGAUAUAUGUACGAUGUCUCAUGAUUAACGCUAUGUAAAAAAGGUAGCACGCAAAUGGUGCUUCAACCGCUACCACAACGGCAUCAAAGAUCGCUAUAUCUUAUGGAUGGUUAUGUAUGAGUGAUGAUUGGAACGGAACGCGUGUAUGUAUUACUUAACUAAAGGAAAUUUUGAGACGAGGAGAAGGAGAAGGAGAUUUUCGAUUAUGGCAUUGAUUGUACAUUCAAUUUUUUGGGAUUCGCUUCUUGUAUUGAUUGAUUGAUUGAGUUUGGUUUUGGGUUGGAGGGUUUUGAAGGGGGAAGUGGGUUUCAAAGAAGGCGAGGAGGCCCGUGAGGGGGGGAGAUUUUGAGA